ACACUGCUCUGCUCAAAGAGCUGAGCCAUUCAUGACCUUUUCUUUAGCACACGAAACACACAGUGACAUACUAUACUAUACUAUACUAUACCAUACCAUACAUACACCAGUCUAACAACAGAGACAAUAUCAAACCCCAAUUUGUUCCCAAUGUUCUUUAUUGUCUUCUUCAUCUGAUGAGUGUUUAACACUGAUUUCUCACAAAUGGACUGUCUCGCUCUUGCCACUGCUACCACCACCACCAUCAACACCACAAACCCAUUCCACAUUCCGUUCUAUACACCUUCUUAUACACCCAUAUCAAUAACAACUCCAAAUGUAUCUUUUCGUAGAAAGCCUCGUAAAAAAUUCCUAGUUUUUGCAUCUAAAGACGACCCUAAACUUGAUCCCUCGGACCAGAUGGAACUCAAGUUCGGCCGGUUAAUUGGCGAAGACCCCAAACUCACUCUUGCCAAGAUAAUGAGUAGAAAAUCAAACCCUGAUGUGUCUUAUCUGGAAGUUGAGAAAUCAUUUUACAAGAAGAAGGGUAAAUCAGUAACUGAUGAGAUAGUAGAGGUUCCAUUUGAUGGGUCUGAGAAAGGGCAAUUGUCAGAUUCAUUGAAUGGAUUGAAUUUGGUUCGCCCAGUGCCCAAGAAAGGAGUCAAGUUUGAAGUUGACAGUAAGCCUAUUGAAUCAGAGGUAAAGAAACCAAGCCAACCUGUAAGGAAGCCAGUAGAUAUUAAUAGAGGUAGCCUUCCAAAUGUUAUUUUGCGGAAGCCAACGACAUUCAAUGAGGAUGAUAUUGGACCUCAGAAACCGUCAAAGUUGAGAAUUAAACCAAAUUUGUCAUUGAAAAUGGGGAAAGAACAGACAAAGGAGACAUUUAGUGAUAUUACAUUGUUAAAGAAGCCUGAACCAGUGAGUAGGGACUUGAAUCUUGACAAAAAACAAGAACCCUCUGGUGAUGGCGAUGCCAUAGUCACUGAUGGUAUUGAAGAUAAUAUCCUGAGAACAGCAUCUGUAUUCACUGAAGCAACUAAUGACCUCACACUCUUAAACCCGCCUAAACAAAUGGAUUUUGGUUCGAAUAUCAAUGAGAAACAAAAAUCAUCUGAAGAUUAUGAAGGGUCAAGCUCUGGUGAUGAUCUCAGAAUAAAUAGUUUGGAAAGUGUGAACUUAUCUCCUGAAAAGGUUAAUUCGGCAGAAAGCAAGUAUGCUGAAUUUACGGAUACAGUAAAUGCUUCACUCUCAACAGAAUCUGGGCUCCAGGAUUACUCUGCUACAGAAUUACAGCCACUUGAGCAAAGCAAUAUAUGUUCUGCCGAGAAUAGAAGUGCCACUGAAGCUCCUUUGGAGAAAAAAUUGGUGGAUUCUAAUAUCAAGUUCUCUAUGGAAGCUGCUCUGCAAGGAAAACCAAGAAGAUUAGACCAAUCUGUAAAAGGAACAACAAAUUUUAGUAGAGAGGAGAUGGUUUUCGUGAACCCUGAAAGUUAUGGCGAUGCUGUUGAGCUUGAGAAUUUUCUUGCAACAUCACCUAUAAAGCAACAUGAAGAUAAUGACUGGAAAAGGGUUGAAGAUCUGGUUAAGACAGGAGGAAGAGAAGAAGUGGAACUGAUAAGUUCUAGCACCAGAGGCUUCGUUGUAUCUUUUGGCUCUUUGAUAGGAAUUUUACCAUACCGUAAUCUUACUGCCAGGUGGAAGUUCUUAGCUUUUGAGUCAUGGCUGAGGAGGAAUGGCUUAGAUCCAUCUCAGUACAAGCACAAUUUGGGCAUUAUAGGAAAUUAUGGGAUUGCAAACAAUACUUCUCUUGAUUCAAGCCUAGACGCCGAAGUUGAUCAAAAUGUUGAUGUUGACAUUUCAUCUGAUAUGCAACUGGAAGAUCUUCUUAGAAUUUAUGACCAAGAGAAACUCAAAUUCUUAUCAUCCUUUGUGGGCCAGAAAAUCAAAGUGAAUGUGGUAUUGACUGACAGAAAAUCUAGAAAGUUAAUAUUUUCCGUGAAACCAAAAGAGAAGGAAGAAAUGGUUGAGAAAAAGAGAAGCCUAAUGGCUAAACUUAGCACUGGAGAUGUAGUGAAAUGUUGCAUCAAAAAGAUUACUUACUUUGGUAUUUUCGUUGAGGUGGAAGGAGUACCUGCACUAAUUCACCAGUCGGAAGUGUCAUGGGAUGCCACUUUGGACCCUGCAUCAUAUUUCAAAGUUGGUCAGGUUGUGGAGGCAAAAGUACACCAGUUGGAUUUUUCACUUGAACGCAUUUUUCUAUCGUUAAAGGAAAUAACGUCAGAUCCAUUAAUUGGGGCCUUGGAGGCUGUAAUUGGUGAUAACAAUUCCUUAGAUGGGAGAUUAGAAGCAGCCCAAGCAGAUACCGAGUGGGCUGAUGUGGAAUCACUUAUCAACGAAUUACAGCAGUUUGAAGGGAUUGAAUCUGUAUCAAAAGGUCGUUUUUUCCUUAGCCCUGGACUGGCUCCUACCUUUCAGGUUUAUAUGGCAUCCAUGUUUGAGAAUGAGUACAAGCUACUUGCUCGAUCAGAAAACAAGGUGCAAGAGGUGAUAGUUGAAACAUCCUUGGGUAAAGAGGAAAUGAAAUCUGCAAUUCUGACUUGCACCAGCCGAGUUGAAUGACUCACUGUCUACUGCUUUUUGGCUUUUGUACGUCUUCGUUGCCCUCCCAAUUGGCUGAGUUUGACGGUGAUCCAUGAUGCGUUCUUCAAACUCAGACUCUUGAUCCUUACUGAUAUAUCUCAUCAAACAAAAAGUAGUUCUUUGUAGAAAUUCUUUUAAUUUUUUUGCACCCAGAAACUUAUACAACUUUGUUCGUAUUGUGAAGGAAGCAUCUAAAAGGUCUAAUUGUAAUUUUUUUAAAUUAAGUUAAAUUUCCAUGGCAUUGAUAUAAUUGUAUUAAUGUCAAUAAAUGCCUUAUCUUCUCCUCCAUUUAAAACUAAAAAAAAA